GGUUAAGAACGGGGCUUUGAGGGACUAAGAAGCUAGAGAAGAGAAAGGACCCAUCUGUUCAUGCCGUGGCAGAUAAAGCGAGCGUGAGAGGGGGUCAGAUGUGGAGAAGGAGCAGGAAGGAACGGAGGUCCGGCUCACCAUCCAGAUGUUUCUUUCUGUCCCCUGAGCGUGAGUACAGAGACUGGCUUUUACAAAACCAUGCAACCAAGAUGAAAAUGUGGAUUAUUAUCCUGCUCCUGAGCAAUGGAUGGAUGCAGACAGCUUCUGCUGCCAGUGUGACCCCGACACCCUCCUCUCAACCAGCAGCCCCCACAGAGGAUGAGAGCACCCAGCUGGUGGACUGGUUGAUCAAGUAUGGCUACCUGCCCCCGUCGGACCCUUCCACUGGGCAGCUGCAGGCUUGGACAGCUGUCACCGACGCUGUCAGGGCCAUGCAGAUGUUUGCCGGCCUCAACAACUCUGGUGUUUUAGAUGAGGAGACACUGGCACUGAUGAAGAGCCCACGCUGCUCCCUUCCGGACCAAGACGGUCCCUCCAAGUUACUAAUGCUCCAGCAGGGGAGGGAGAUGAGGAGGAAGAGGAGAGCAGUCUCCAUGUGGACCCGCAGGAACAUCAACUGGAGGUUGCACACCUACCCUUCCUCUGCACACCUGUCCAGGGAGAUGAUUCGUUCUCUGGUCUUCUAUGCCCUUAGAGUCUGGGCAGAACCAACGCCGCUGGAGUUCCAUGAGGUGGCCAGCUCAGACGCAGCUGACCUGCAGGUAGACUUCCUCCGAGGUUACCACGGUGAUGGGUAUCCCUUUGAUGGUGCCGGUGGUGCUGUGGGUCAUGCCUUCUUCCCUUCAGAUCCUGCCAGGGCAGGGGGAGUGCAUCUGGAUGCCGAGGAGCAGUGGGCUUUCAGACAGCCAGCUUAUGAAGGCACCGACCUGUUCACGGUCCUGGUCCAUGAGUUUGGCCAUGCGCUGGGCCUGGCUCACUCCUCAUCUCGCCACUCUGUGAUGAGACCCUACUACCAAGGUCCCGUUGGAGACCCUCUGCACUACCGCCUGGGACAGCAAGAUCUGGAGCACAUCACUCAACUCUACGGUAAAAGGAACCAGCUUUUGCCGACGGAUGCUCCCCGUCUUACAGCCCAGCCCCAGCUGCACCGCAGAGCUCACCACCAUCAUCACAGACAUGGUCCACCCAUAGAUCGAUGCAACACCAGUUUUGAUGCUGUGGCAAAGAUCCGAGGAGAGACCUUCUUCUUCAAAGGUCUGACAGUGUGGCGAGUGAACGGUGGCGGUCUGGUGUCAGGGCGCGGGGCUUCGGUCCGGAGGCUGUGGAGGGGUCUGCCCCCUGAUCUUCUGCGUCUUGAUGCGGUGCUGGAGAGACAUUCGGAUCAUGCCAUCAUAUUUAUCAGUGGCUCCCAGUUCUGGCUGUUCAGGGACCUGGCCCUGCAGCAAGGCUACCCUCAGCCCCUCGCUGCGCUCCGGAUGGGGGUGAGCCUGACUGGAGAAGACUCUAAUGACAACGAGGAGGAGGAGGCCACGUCAGGACCAGGAAAGUGGGGUCUGGUGUGGGAUCCAGAGGAGGGCCCUGUGUGGGGAAAAGUGGGAGAUGUAGAAGAGGAGCAAGGAGACAAAUGGAGUCAGCUUCUUAAGGCCGGCGUCAGCGGCAUCACCACCGACAAUAAUGGCUCCGUUUAUCUCUUCAGAGGAGAUUCCUACUGGAAGUUCUUGUUUCCGGGCUCUACAGCACAGGAGGGAUACCCGCGGUCCUCCGCUGCAGACUGGUUGGACUGUGCCGACUCCUUGUCCCCACCCAGAGUGGACGAUUUCUCCCUGUCUCUGUUGCCUCCAGCAGGGAGACAGGAGCUGCAGGAAACAAGGUGGGAGGGUGGACAGGAUGGGGACGCAGGAGGGAAGAGGAGGGACAGACACCGGCAUCAACCUAAAUACAGGCAGGACAGUGGCUCACACGCCUGGACACAGUGCACGUGUCAAAACAAAGCACUAGGUGGCAGCAAAGCGUCUCUGAUUUUGGUCUCUCUGCUGGCGGUGUGGUCACUGCUGGCCGCUUGAGGAUGCUUUAAAAAAAAUCAAACUCUGAUGUUUUAUCUAAAGUGUUUGCAUGGCUGUAGCAGAGUGACGAAUAAAGCCUUCCUGCAGCCAUAUAGUUUUAGUUUUAGUCCAGGUUACAAGAACUUCAGUGUGGCCGUACAGUUCCUGUCUUCACCUUCAUCCACCGUCUUCCUCCUGGCCAGUAGUUAUUGACUGCAGUAACAGAUCCAAAGAGAUUCCUCCCCCCCCCCCCCCCCCCCCACCCCCCACCCCCCCACACACACCAGCAGCAGUACUCAUCCACUUGCGGUGGAUCCCAAGACAAGAGAAAUGUAUUCUCUGUGCUGAGUUCUAAGUCUGAGGGUCUCAUAGAGCAGUCGUGGAACAGAUGAUUCAUCUCUGCUGGCAUCUAGAAGCCAUGAAUUUCAGCCCUCAGUGAACCGUCUGCAGCCAGGUCAGAGGAGCAUGAGCUGUGUCCGCUGCUCUGCGUCUGAGGCCCUCAGACUGAAUCCCAGAACGAUCCAUCAUUCCAGGAGUUGGACUCGGCCUUUAUGCUUCAGUGAGAGGAAGUCUUGAUGCUGCAGCAGAGCAAAAUGUUUUGGACAGUUCCCAGUUCCCAACUUAGUGUGAGCGGUUUGGGGGUUUGGGGAGGGCCUCUUCCUGUUCCACCAUGACUGCACAUCAGAGCACAAAGCAAGUUAAAAUAACUGCGGUACACUCUUAAACCUUUUAGUCUCCUUAGAAGAGCUGAAGCUGUGAUAUCAGCAUUAAGAAAACUUUUGGCAAUAUAAUUAAAGAACUUUGUGUUUCAACAAUGUGUUUAAUUAUCAAAGAAAUACAUGAAAUAGUCAAAAACAACAAAUUGUCAAGCAUAAACGGUUCAUAGAGUACAAGUAUGAGGGUCUAUAUUGUAAAAAAAAAUCUUUUUGGCUUUUUCCAAAAUCCACUGAAAACGCUAAAGUUGUGGAUUUAGAAUCAGUUGUGAUAUUGCAGCAGCGCGGAGUACAGAGGGAAAAAGUGAAAGUUUCAGUCAUAACAUGGCAAAUAUUCUGUACCAGCAGAAAAUGAUAUUAGACUCCAGAGGGUGUCGUUAUGUCUCAGUUAGAAACAAGGCAAGGCCUAAGUGCUGCAAUAAGCUAUUCUGGGCCCAGGGGUGGGACCAAACCUGACCUGCUUUCUAAGCAAAGGGAUUUCUCUCUAUCUGCUGAUUUAUACAAAAACAUUGUUUUCUCACCGUAGAUACGCCGUUUAUACGCAGUUUAUGCAUAAACUGACAAAAUGACAUGACCAUGAUUGAGUCUGUGGUGUUGUAACAAAUGACUAUUUAAGUUGUUUUUGGAUUGAUGAAAAUAUAUUAUUUUUGUUUUGUACAGAUAAGAAU